AUGGGUAAUAUUUGUAGGUAAAGUCCAAUUAAUGAUAAAAACGAUUAAGAGGUUACUUUAUCUUAACCUCCUCCUAUUUAAUAGAUGCAGCCUCAAAAACAUGAAGAAGUUAAAACUCAAAUACCUGAAAAAUAAGAAGAACCAGGUUAAUCAAUUGAUUAAGCAAAAUAAGAGAAUGAAGUAAUGAUGAAAAUUCUAUGUAACUUAGCCUAAAAGAAAAGAGCAAAAGAAGAUGGGAAAAAUAGCUGCAGUUAUUGAUCAAGAAGUCAUCUAUGAAAAUGUUCAAAAAUAAGAAAAAAUAAAAAGUCCAUUUGAUUAUUAAUUGCUUUUGAAUGCUUUUGGAAAUAGUUUUAUUUUUGGAUAAUUACAACCAGAGGACAAGUAUAAAAAUAUUUUUAGUAGAUAAGAGUGAAAGUAAUUGAUAAAAUGUUUUAUUGCACAGUUCCUGAUGGAUAAAUGGUUUUUAAGCAAGGUGAUAAGGCAAGUUCAUACUUUCUAAUUGAACGUGGAUAAUGCUAGAUUAUAAUCAAUAAUGAAAUAAAAAAAACUUUAAAAAGUGCUGAAGCUUUUGGAGAACUAGCUUUAUUAUAUAAUGCACCAAGAUCUGCUUCAGUUAAGGCAGUAGGAGGUAAUAAUAUAUAUAUUUUUUAGAUUGUGCAUUUUGGGCAAUUGAUAGAAAUACUGUAAGAAAAGCGAUAGAAUUAAUUUCAUAAAAAGAUUAUGAUUAAAAUAAGGAAUUUAUUAAUAAAGUGUAGUUUUUUGGUAAAAAUUAAAAAUUAUAUAAAUAGAAUCAUUAACUGAUGAUUAAAAAGCAGCAAUACCAUCAGCCUUAAUAAAUUUAAAUUUUAAAGCUGGAGAGAUUAUAGUUAAUGAAGGAGAUCAGGCUGAUUCAUUCUUCAUUAUUAAAAAAGGAGAAAUUUAAAUAUCUAGAGGAGGAAAGGAAAUAAGAGUAAUGAAAGAAGGUGAAUCUUUAGGAGAAUAAGCUUUAUAUUAAAAUUCUGUUAGAGGAGCUACAGCAAAGGCUAUUAAAGAAGAUGUGACAGUUUUAGCUUUAGCAAGGGAUGAUUUAACUAGAAUAUUAGGAGAUAAGAUACAGUUGAUUAUGUAUAGUAAUCUUUAGAGAUGGGCAUUUGAGAGACAUGUUGUACUUAGUAAAUUGACAAAGUUGUAAGUAGAAAGAAUAGUCAGUAAUAUGUAAUAAAAACAAAAGAAGAGUGAAGAAAUAAUCAUAGAGAAAGGAUAAGUUUGUAGAGAGAUAAUUAUUGUAUUGUAAGGGUCUAUAAAAUAUGGAAAAGAAGUAUUAGAAAAGGGAUAAAUGUUUGGAGAUAAAUUUUUAGAUUAAGGAGAAAAUGUUAAGCUAGGAGAGGCAGUUAUAAUGAAAGAUGAAGGAAUGAUUGCAAUAAUAACAUUUAAAUAGUUUUUUGAGAUUAUUGGAGGAUCUUUAGAAUAAAUAUUUGCUAAGAAUGAAAAAGCCCAUGAUAGAUUUAUAAAAAAAGAGGAAGGUCAAAAAUAAGAUAUUUAUAAGCAUUUUUAGUUGGAUUAAUUGAUUUAUGUGAAGAAAUUGGGUUAAGGAUAAUUUGGAAAUGUUUAUUUGGUCCAUAAUAAAAUGGAUAAAAAGAUAUAUGCUUUGAAAUGUAUAUCAAAAGCUUAAAUUAUUGAAUAAAAUCUUGAAAAGCAUUUGGCCUAAGAAAAAAUAGCUUUAGAAACUGUUAAUUUUCCAUUAAUAAUGCAUUUUGCUAGAAGUUUCAAAGACAAUACUUAUAUUUACUUCUUGGAAGAAUAUAUUAAGGGAAUGGAGCUUUUCGAUGUAAUCAGAGAUAUUGGAUUGCUUAAUACUUAUGAUUCACAAUUCUAUAUAGGAUCUUUGAUUUUGUGUAUGGAAUAUUUACACUUGAAUAAUAUCAUUUAUAGGGAUAUUAAACCAGAAAAUAUAAUGAUUGAUGAAAAAGUAUUAUCAACAUUUAUAAAUAUUAGGGAUUCAUGAAAUUGAUUGAUUUAGGAACAGCUAAGAAUUUAAAGAGUAAAAAUGGUAGAACAUAUACAAUUAUUGGAACUCCACAUUAUAUGGCCCCGGAAAUCUUAACUGGAAAGGGAUAUACAUAUUCAGUUGAUCUAUGGUCUAUAGGAGUCUGUCUGUAUGAGUUUAUGUGUGGAAAUGUUCCAUAUGCUGAAGAUGCAGACGACCCGUAAAUUUGUUUAUGAAUUAUCUAUUAGAUAUGAAAUAUAUGAGGAAAUUUAAAAGAAAUAGUUAACAUUUCCAUCAGUAUUGAAGGAUAGAAAAGCAAAGAAAUUGAUAGAGUAAUUGCUUAGUAAAACACCAGAACUUAGAUUAGGAUCAUCUUAUGCUAGUUUGAAAAAUAACCCUUUUUUUGAAAGAUUUGAUUAUGUAAAUUCCAAUAUUUAAAAUUUAGGAUCUUCUCAUUAAUAGAGAAUUAAAACCUCCUUAUUUGCCACCUAAAAAUAAAUUACAUAGUGAUAAAGAUGUUUAAAAAGCUAUCUAGGUUGGUAAAUUGAUUACCGAAGAAAUUAAAGUAUAGUGUAAUUAAUAGACUAGAAUGAUCUUGCUACAGCUUAAAAUGUUUACAAACCUGAAAAGGCUCGUGAUCCUAAUUGGGAUAAGGAGUAUUGA